AGUUUUUGCUCCUCUCGGACGCCAGAGAAGACUUAAAUCCGCUUCGCAGCUUCGAGAUUUUCCUCCGUCUCGUCUUGCGCUCUGGUUUUCCGGUGACCGGAAACCACUCUCCGACGUCGUAGAUCCCCAAAACCACCUUCCGGAACCGUGACUCGUUCGUCGGGAAACCGCUUUCCAUCACUCCCAUUCCGGCUAUAGAUAGUUCUCCCACUCUCUUGCUCUCUUUGUUUUCGAUCUCUUCUUUGUUGAGUGGUUGGAGAAGGAGGUCUGUUUCUCUUGUUGGUUGAGAGGGUUUCAAAGGGAUCUGGUUUUCUAGGGUUCCGACGGGGGGCUGGUGGCUGCUCCCCGAUAUUGAUGAGAGUCCGAGGAACGAUUUGCCAUCUAUGACGACCGGUACCUGGGGGAGAUCGAUGCUGGGACAGGAUCUCACAUGGAAUGGCAGAUCUAUUCAGCCUCGGGAGCACCGAUCGAGACGUGAACAAGGCACUUGUUGCUUUGAAGAAAGGCGCCCAAUUGCUUAAAUAUGGUCGUAAAGGGAAGCCAAAAUUUUACCCAUUCAGACUAUCCAAUGAUGAAUCAUCUUUGAUCUGGUUGUCAAGUGGAGAAAAAAGAACUUUGAAGUUAGCUUCUGUUUCAAAAAUCAUCCCUGGACAAAGAACCCCUGUGUUUCAACGGUAUUUGCGCCCAGAGAAGGACUACUUGUCCUUUUCCCUUAUAUAUGACAAUGGGAAAAGGUCUCUUGAUCUGAUUUGCAAAGAUAAAGUUGAGGCAGAGGUGUGGUUUGCGGGACUGAAGGCAUUGAUUUCUUCUAGUCAAUGUGGACGCUCCAAAAUCGAUGGAUGGUGUGAUGGGGAACUUAGUUUUGAUGAUACCAAGGAUUUGAUAAGCAACAGUGCAAGUGAUAGCUCCAUCAGUACCGUACUUGAUGGUUCUCCAGACAACAACUUAAACCUUAAUGCUUUACCCCCGUUGGUUUAUUCCUCUGAAAAUUUAGAAAACUCUGAAAAGUCAGAUGUGAUGAAUAUGCAAGGAAAAGGAGUUUCUUCUGAGGUAUUUAGAGUCAGUGUUUCCAGUGCUCCUAGCACAUCUAGUCAUGGUUCUGCCCAGGAUGACUGUGAUGCUUUAGGAGACAUAUAUGUGUGGGGUGAGGUCAUUUGUGAUAACUCUGCAAGGGCCAGCACUGACAGUAAUAGUUGUCCUAUUAUUGCAAGAAAUGAUGUCCUUCUUCCAAAGCCCUUAGAGUCUAAUCUAGUAUUGGAUGUUCAAUACGUUGCCUGUGGAGUCAGGCAUGCUGCUCUUGUGACAAGGCAAGGGGAGGUAUUUUCAUGGGGUGAAGAAUCAGGAGGGCGACUGGGACAUGGAGUUGGAGCAGAUGUGAUUCGUCCUCGACUUGUUGAAUCUUUAUCAAUGUGUAACACUGACAUUAUCGCAUGUGGAGAGUUCCAUACAUGCGCUGUGACUUCAGCUGGUGAACUUUAUACUUGGGGAGAUGGUACCCAUAAUGUAGGCCUUCUUGGCCAUGGUACCGAUGUCAGUCAUUGGAUACCAAAGAGGGUUUCAGGACCUCUAGAUGGGCUUCAAGUUGCUUUUGUAACAUGUGGCACCUGGCAUACAGCCUUGAUAACUACAGCAGGGCAGUUAUUUACUUUUGGUGAUGGAACUUUUGGUGUUCUAGGCCAUGGUAACAGAGAAAGUGUUUCAUAUCCAAAGGAAGUAGAAUCACUGAUGGGGUUGAAAACAAUUGCUGUUGCAUGUGGAGUGUGGCAUACUGCUGCUGUAGUAGAUGUUAUUGUGACUCAAUCUAGUGCCAGCGUAUCAUCUGGAAAAUUAUUCACAUGGGGUGAUGGAGACAAGUAUCGUCUCGGCCAUGGUGAUAAGGAACCACGACUAAAGCCUACCUGCAUACCUUCUUUGAUAGAUUACAAUUUCCACAAGCUAGCCUGUGGUCAUAGUCUGACAAUAGGCCUAACAACUUCAGGACAUGUUUUUACGAUGGGAAGUAAUGUCUAUGGUCAGCUUGGCAAUCCCCAGUCUGAUGGAAAGCUCCCUUGCUUGGUUGAAGACAAGCUUGUUGGUGAAUCUGUUGCAGAAGUCGCUUGUGGUUCAUAUCAUGUUGCUGUCUUGACAACCAGGAGUGAAGUUUACACUUGGGGCAAAGGAGCUAAUGGGAGAUUGGGGCAUGGUGACCUUGAAGAUAGGAAGACUCCGACUCUUGUAGAGGCUUUGAAGGACCGGACAGUCAAACGCGUUGCCUGUGGCUCAAACUUCACAGCUGCUAUUUGCAGUCAUAAAUGGGUUUCGGGUGCAGAGCAAUCCCAGUGCUCAGCAUGCAGACAAGCAUUUGGUUUCACUCGGAAGAGGCAUAAUUGUUAUAAUUGUGGACUUGUACACUGUCAUUCGUGCAGUUCAAGGAAGGCUCUGAGAGCAGCGUUGGCUCCUAAUCCAGGCAAACCUUAUCGUGUAUGUGAUUCAUGCUAUAUAAAAUUGAGCAAGGUUUUAGAAGGUGGAAUUAAUAAUAAAAGAAAUGCUAUAGCACGCCUAUCAGGCGAAAGCAGAGACAGGUUUGACAAAGUAGAUAAAUUAUCAAAAGCUUCUUCGCCUAGCAAUGUGGAUUUGAUCAAGAAUCUGGAUAUUAAAGCAGCGAAACAUGGAAGGAGGACCGACUCAUUGGCUUUGAUUCGAGCUUCUCAAGUUCCUUCAAUGUUACAGUUUAAGGAUAUUGUUUUUAGUGGUGGAUUUGAUCUGACUCGAGCAGUUCCAAGACCGGUGCACACAUCAGUGCCGCAAUCUGUUAAUCACUCCAGAGCUGUUUCACCUUUCUCCAGAAAACCUAGCCCUCCACGUUCUGCAACACCAGUCCCCACAACAUCAGGGCUUUCUUUUUCUAAAAGUGUUGCUGAUAGUCUGAAGAAAACAAAUGAACUCUUGAGCCUAGAAGUUCAGAAGUUACGUUCUCAGGUUGAUAGUCUUAGACAACGGUGCGAGCUUCAAGAAUUUGAGCUGCAGAAAUCUGCAAAGAAAGCUCAAGAAGCCAUGGCUUUGGCUGCAGAGGAGUCAGCAAAGUCCAAAGCUGCAAAAGAAGUCAUAAAAACCCUCACUGCACAGCUUAAGGAUAUGGCUGAGAGGCUACCUCCUGGGGUCUAUGAGAAUGAUCAGAUUACACCAGUGUAUAUGCCAAAUGGCGUUGAAUCGCACACCUCGUACUCCUCUGAUUUGAGGAGAGAAGGCCAGCUAAGGAAUGAUGCAACUAGUAAUGCAGUCAAUUCUUCAUCUAUAAACUCUGUUGUUACCAAUGGGCUUUCACUGCAAAAUCAUUUGACAAGGAAUGCCCUUGAAGCUAAUGAAUUGAGCACGCGAUUCCAGAACAAUUGGUCUGUACAGUCUAAUAAAUCAAAUGACAAUUUAUAUGCCACGGCACGUGACAGUAAUGCGGAACCUCAUAUAUCUAGCAGCAGAGCAGAAGAUCACGACUACAAGGAGACAGAACCUCGUGUAAAUGGUGAGAACAGCAGCUCGAAAUCAAGAAUCUCCGCCGCACCUGGUAAUCAAGUUGAGGCUGAAUGGAUAGAACAAUAUGAACCAGGUGUCUAUAUAACCCUUGUGGCCCUUCGUGAUGGAACAAGAGACCUGAAGAGGGUGCGAUUCAGCCGGAGAAGGUUUGGGGAACAUCAAGCAGAGACGUGGUGGUCGGAAAACCGAGAGAAGGUCUAUGAGAAAUACAAUGUUCGGGGUUCCGACAGGACCUCAGCGGCACCAUCAAUGCUGUCAGCUCGGAGAUCAGACGGAGAGUUCACAUAGCAAGCAUGACCAAGAAACAUCCUGCAGAUGAUAUCCACUAUGACCAUGGAGUUGCCAAUGAUUUUCCUCCAAUGUCCUAGUAUAUAUGUCACUUUAUUUUUAUUGCCAAUUUGUUCUUUCUUGUUAUAUUCCAUCCAGUUCAGUGUAUAUAACAUCAUCAAAUGAGAUAGUGUGGGGCACACACACACACACACACAGAGAGAACGGUGUUUCCCUCCCAACAGCGCGACGUAUCAUCACCGAUUAAUGUAGGUUUUAGGCUUCAUUUUAGUCCCAUGUAUUUGAUUAGGACUUUGUCUUUCCACUCUUUAUUGAGCUUUUGGUUCUCUGAUACAUUAAAAGAGUUGAUAGUGA